AAUGAGGUAGAAUCAUUGAAUAAAGAAGAAGAAGACAAGGUAGAAACAGAACAAGUGGAAUUAAUAAAGAUUAUCUGCUCUCACGCGUUUCCCCACGAACCAAACAUCUCUGUUCCAGAAUCCAAAUUCUUCGCAAUCUCGAUUGAAGAAUUUGUAUUCACCACAACGAGUUGAGUUCCUUAUCCUUAUUCCUCUCUCUAUAUACCCUCACCAAUAGUUUAUCAAUUUGACCAAAGAUAUUUGCGAUGGCAGAAGCAGUGGUGUCGACUGCUCUAGAAACCUUGCGCGAUUUGUUGUUGGAAGAAGCAAGGUUUUUAUCUGGUGUGGGCGAUGAAGUGAGGGAGCUCGAGAUCCAGCUCAAAGAGAUGAAGUGUCUCCUCAGAGAUGCUGACAGAAGACGACAUGAAAGCAGCAUGAUUUUGAAUUGGAUCUCGGAGAUCAAAGAUCUUGUGUACAGAGCCGAAGCUGCCAUUGAAAGACACGCAGUUUAUCAAGUGACUUCAAGGAGAAGGCGAGGCCUCACUCAGCUCAUCCGCAGAUGUAGUUGUAAUUUGGAAGAAUACAAGUCGAUCCACCAACUAGGCUCCGAGAUUUCACCAAUCAAAUCCCGUCUUGAAAGAAUAAACAAGGAAAUGCAAGACAAUGGCAUAAAGAAGAGCAUCAUCAACAAUACAGAUGAAGGGGAAAGCUCGUUCGCCAACAACAGGGCAAGGAAGAGCUUCCCCGAAUUCGAGAUCGGAGAGUGUUUUGUAGGGAUGAAGGAUGAACUGAAGCAGCUUGCUAAUCUCCUGAGGCACGACAACGAGGAGCGAGUUAUUUCAGUGUGGGGAAUGGGCGGAUCAGGCAAGACCACCAUUGCCAAAAAGCUCUACAACGAGAACAAGACUAGCUUUGAUCUUUCCGCGUGGGUUUGCAUUAGUCAGCAACGUCAGAGUUUUCAAUCAGUUUGGAAGGAUGUUCUCAAACAGCUAGAACCACAAACAAGUGAGGAUCUGAGCGAGUGGGAGUUGAAGGAGCGACUAUGCAAGAUACAACGAGAGAAGCGAUGCCUCAUUGUUGUGGAUGAUCUUUGGAAAACUUCUGAUUGGAAUGAGUUGAAGCAUCCGUUCCUUGUCCAUGAUUUGUUAAGCAAAAUCUUGAUCACCACACGCGAACAGGAAGUUGCCGAGAUUGGAUGCCCAGUAAAAGUUGGGAUUCUAAAAGAGGAGGAUGCUUUGGAUCUACUCAAGAAGAAAGCCUUUCCACAUACCAACAUUCCAGAGUUUGCACUGGAAGAAAAAUUUGAGAAAAUUGAGAAAGAAAUGGUGCAGAAAUGUGGGUAUUUGCCGUUGGCAAUUUCUUUACUCAGUGGGGUCUUGAGAAUGAAAAAUUCGAUCAUGGAGUGGGAGUUAGUAAAUAGGGAUAUCAAAAAACACAUAUAUAGAGACGAAAGUGAGAUUGAUGGAGUGCUAAAUUUAAGCUAUGAAAGUCUACCCUAUUAUUUGAAGCCUUGCUUUCUCUAUAUGGGUAUAUUUGAAGAGGACGAAGAUAUAAAUAUUCGGCGUCUAUAUAGCAUGUGGAUAGCACAAGACAUGAUUUCAUAUGAGAAUAUUGGAGACAAGGACAAAUCUUUGAUUGAAAUCGCGGAGCUCUACUUGGGUGAGUUGGCCUCCAGGUCCAUAGUUGAAAUAAGCGACGACGAUGAUGUCAUGCCUACAAGAAAAUAUAGGAGCUGCAAACUUCAUGAUGUAGUAAGAGAACUAUGUUUGAAAUUAGGGAAAAGGGAGGAUUUUGGUGUGCUAGGUUUGGAGUAUCAAACUGGGAAACUUAGAACCUUACUACGACAAGCUUCCUCGCAUAUGAAAAUACGACAUUUGGUUAUCCAUUUCAGAAGAGAAGUCGAAGUGGAACCUGGCGAGCUUGGAGAAGAUAGUAGCAAACAUUUAAGGUCUCUUCAAAUGUUCAAUCACAUAAAUUUAAGUGUUCCAGAGUUUACCCCACAAAGCAUCGUUGAUUUUCAAAAAUUUAAAUUGCUGAGAGAUCUAGUUAUGGUGAGAUUCAAAUUUGCAGGAAGAAAGCUACCGAAAGGAAUCACUAAUCUUGUUCACCUUAGACGUUUGCGCUUAGAAGAAUGUGAAUUUGAUAAGCUACCGUCGUCCAUAAGGAAUAUGGUAAACAUGGAUACCCUUAAUUUAAGUGAUUCGAGGAAUGUUGGAGUUCCAAAUGUUUUUAAAGAGAUGCUACGUUUAAAGCACUUGCUUCUUCCGGAGUAUGAGGAGGAAAAUAUUGGUAGUUAUCGAUUAACAUUGGGCGAGGGAGUGGUUGGGUUGGAGACCCUAUGGUGGUUGGAUAGUAGAGUGCAUGAAUUAAAAUGUAUGAACAGAAUGAAGAAUCUGAGAAAUUUCUCAACAAAAAUACACGACAACAAAAGCUUGUCAACCAUGAUCGACGCCAUUGCUAUCAUGGACAAGUUAGUGUAUUGUGUGGUUGAAAUCAAAGAGGGUUGCGAGUUAGCAACAAAUGAUGGAGUGUUGAACAAGACAUUCACAUGUCCCAAUCUUCAUUGCUUGAGUAUUGAAGUUAAGUUAGGGAAGGCACUGGUAGAUCGUGGGCAUGACUUCAUGAGCUCAAAACUAACGACUUUGGAGCUGUUAGCAUGUGAGAUUGAGGAUGAUCCAAUGGCGAUGCUAGGGAAGCUUCCUUGCUUGACGGCUUUGUGUUUAGGGAGGAAAUCAUUUGUCGGGGAGGAGAUGACGUGUCCAUCAAACAGUUUUCCUCACCUCAAGAGGCUUGAGCUAUGUCAAUUAGCAAAGUUGAGGGAGUGGAGAGUGGAGGCAGGAGCCAUGCCCAUUCUCUCGCUAUUAUAUAUCAUUGAGUGUUCUACUUUGGAGAUGCUUCCAGAUGGACUGAGUGGCAUUUCUACUCUUCAGAAACUGAUACUUUUUAAAAUGCCAGAAUUGGGGAAGAGGGUAUCGGCAUCAGGAGAGGAUUUCCACAAAGUCAGCCAUGUUCCUUCAAUUAUCAUCCGAGACGAUGACUAAUCUAGUCUCCAUCCGGGUAAUGCUUAAUUGCACCAAUCUCAUUCUCAAUUUUUAGUUGUAGUUUUCUAAAUUGUAUCAUCUUUUGGUUGCAGGGUACCUCUCCCCCCCCCCCCCCCCCAAUUCUUUUGUCUGAAACCUUUCUUGAAAUAAAUGUGUAUAUUUAUUUUGCAUGCGUGGUGGCCAUAUAUAUUCCAUUCUCUGUUCGUUCCAUAUGGAGUUAUUUUGGUAAGAUUUGACUCUGGAGAUUUAAGCUUUAUUUCUGUUCUUGAAUUGUGAUUUAGUUUCUCGGUUGUUUAGAAUCCAAUAAAUUGAAAACUGGGUUGCUUAAUAUGAAUAUACUAUACUAAUGGUAGUGUUGUGGUUUGAAUUGAUGGAUAUAAAAUCACCAUUGGUAUAUAUGUAAUUCUUAGCUCAAAGCUCAAGCAUUUGGAGGAGAUGGUUGUACUGCUGAUUAAGCAAGAAAAAUUGGGUUAUGUUGAAGGAUUUGAAGCUGCUUUAAAUUGGGCUCUUUUUCCGGCCGACAUGUAGGGAAUUGAAUUCGAAUUCAUGUUAUGUUUGAACUGAAUUAUUGGUUUGUAAUGAUUCAAAUGUGAUUAAUUGAUAAUUUUGUUUGUCAA